AUGUCAGAUCAUCCGGCACAAGAAAAGUCUGUGGAUGUAGCAGCACCCUUGCCGGACAACAAACAGUCAGAUGAGCCCACAACACAGGUCACCAAGCCCGUCUCAUUCUUGUCGCUGUUCCGUUAUUCGACCACGUCGGAAAAGACCAUAGAUUGCCUUGGUCUUGUAGCAGCCGCGGCUGCUGGUGCAGCACAGCCGCUCAUGAGUCUGCUGUUCGGUAACCUGACAGAAGCGUUCGUCUCGUUCGGUAUCGCCGCAGAAGCUGCCGAAGGAGGCGACAAGACUGCUAAAGCAAAUCUUGCUUCGGCCGCCAGCAAUUUCCGACACACCGCAGCGAACGAUGCGUCAUAUCUGGUCUACAUCGGUGUGGGCAUGUUCGUCUGUACUUAUAUCUACAUGAGUGUAUGGGUUUAUACCGGCGAGGUCAACGCGAAGCGUAUACGUGAGCGCUAUCUGCAAGCCGUACUACGACAGGAUAUCGCAUACUUCGACAACGUCGGCGCCGGAGAAGUCGCUACUCGUAUUCAGACCGACACUCAUUUGGUGCAGAUGGGUAUCUCCGAGAAGGUAGCCAUCGUCGUCAACUUCUUCUCUGCGUUUGUCACCGGUUUCGUGCUUGCCUACAUUCGUUCAUGGCGUCUCGCGCUCGCGCUGUCAUCUAUGCUUCCAUGUAUCGCUGUCACGGGCGGUAUCAUGAACAGAUUCAUUUCGGGGUACAUGCAGCUGUCUCUUGCUCAUGUGGCUGACGGUGGCACACUCGCUGAGGAAGUAUUCUCAACGGUCCGGACGGCACAGGCAUUUGGCAAUCAGCAGAUCCUCGCGGAUCGAUACGACGUGCACAUCCAGAAGGCACGUAAUGCAGACAUGCGAGCAGCGAUCUGGCACGGUUGUGGUCUUUCCGUUUUCUUCUUCGUUAUAUAUGGAGGUUAUGCUUUGGCAUUUUACUUCGGUACCACUCUCAUUAACGAAGGACAUGCGAAUGCCGGAAAGGUAGUCAAUGUUAUCUUGGCUAUCCUUAUUGGUUCAUUCUCUCUCGCACUUCUUGCACCCGAGAUGCAAGCUAUCACGCAUGGUAUGGGUGCAGCCGCAAAGCUGUACGACACUAUCGACCGUGUGCCCCUCAUUGAUUCGUACAGUGAGGAGGGUCUCAAACCGGAGACCUGCGCCGGCGAGAUCACCCUCGAGAACGUCAAGUUCAACUAUCCCUCACGUCCUGAUGUCCCAAUCGUCAAGGACCUCUCCAUCACCUUCCCCGCGGGCAAGACAACAGCACUCGUCGGUGCCUCCGGUUCCGGAAAGUCUACUGUUAUCUCGCUGACGGAGCGCUUCUAUGACCCGCUUGAGGGAGUCGUGCGUCUGGAUGGCAAUGAUCUCAAGACGCUCAACUUGAAGUGGCUACGCUGUCAGAUUGGCCUUGUGUCUCAGGAGCCGACACUGUUUGCGACGACUAUCAUGGGCAAUGUCGCCCACGGUCUCAUCGGCACAAAGUGGGAGCAUGCACCGGACGACGAGAGGAUGGCGCUCAUUAAGGAGGCCUGCGUUAAGGCGAAUGCGGACGGAUUCAUCACCAAGCUUCCUCUCGGCUACGAAACCAUGGUCGGCGAGCGUGGAUUCCUACUCUCUGGUGGUCAGAAGCAGCGUAUUGCCAUCGCGCGUGCCAUCGUCUCCGAUCCCAAGAUCCUUCUCCUGGAUGAAGCUACAUCUGCGCUCGACACGCAAAGCGAGGGCAUCGUGCAGAAUGCGCUAGACAAGGCCGCACACGGUCGCACGACGAUUACUAUUGCUCACCGUCUCUCGACGAUCAAAGACGCGGACCGCAUCUAUGUGAUGGGCGACGGGCUUGUGCUCGAGGCGGGCACGCACAAUGAGCUGCUGCGCGACGAGAACGGAGCGUAUUCGCGACUGGUUGCGGCGCAGAAGCUGCGGGACUCGCGCGAGAAGCACGCCACGGAGGAGUCUGACAGCGCGACGGUGGCAAGCGAUGAAGACGAGGACUACGACAAGGUCGCACAGGCAGAGGUGCCGCUACAGCGCCAGAAGUCGGGACGCUCGCUCGCAUCAGAAAUCCUGGAGCAGCGUCAGCAGGGCGGGGUCGAGCAGCAGUAUGGCAUGAUUUAUCUGCUCCGCCGCUUCUUCGCGAUCAACAAGGAGAAUUGGAGAAUGUACCUAUUCGGCUCGAUCGCUUCGAUUUGCAAUGGUGCUACAUAUCCCUCUUUCGGUAUUGUGUUUGCCAAGGGUAUCAACGGGUUCUCGGAUGCCACUAGUGGCGAACGUAGACACUCUGGUGACCGUGUUGCCCUAUGGUUCUUCAUCAUUGCCAUUCUUUCUGCGAUUGCUAUUGGCUUCCAGAACUACUUUUUCGCGUCCACCGCUGCUCAGCUGACAAACAAGAUCCGAUCCCUAAGUUUCCGUGCCAUCGUCAGACAGGAUAUUGAGUACUUCGACAAGGAUGAGAAUAACACUGGUCAACUCACUUCCAACUUGAGCGACAAUCCUCAGAAAGUGAACGGUCUGGCCGGUGUGACCAUGGGAGCUAUUGUUCAAGCAAUCGCCACUCUCGUCACCGGAACCAUCAUUGGUCUCGUCUUUGCUUGGAAGCUCGGUCUUGUCGGCCUUGCGUGCACCCCUGUCCUCUGUUCUGCAGGUUACAUUCGUCUGCGUGUCGUCGUUCUGAAGGAUCAGCAGAACAAAAGGGCCCACGAACAUUCUGCUCAGCUUGCUUGCGAGGCGGCCGGUGCUAUCAGGACCGUUGCUUCACUUACUCGUGAAGGAGACUGCCUUCGACUUUACAGCGAGAGUCUGGAUGAGCCGCUCCGCAACUCAAACAAGAAGGCUCUGUACAGCAAUGCCAUCUAUGCACUCUCACAGGCGAUGUCUUUCUUCGUUAUUGCUCUCAUCUUCUGGUACGGAUCGCGUCUCGUUGCGGCGUUGGAGUACACGACGUUCCAGUUUUUCGUCGGUCUCAUGAGCACAACGUUCAGUGCUAUCCAAGCCGGCAAUGUUUUCUCCUUUGUGCCAGAUAUCUCGUCUGCGAAGGGUGCCGCCACCGACAUCGUCACGCUGCUGGAUUCUAUGCCCGAGAUCGAUGCUGAGUCUACGGAGGGUGAGAUUCCCCAGAACGUCCAAGGUCGCAUCCGUUUCGAGAAUGUCCACUUCCGCUAUCCGACUCGUCCUGGUGUUCGUGUCCUGCGUGACCUGAACCUGUCAAUCGAGCCUGGUACAUAUGUUGCUCUUGUUGGUGCUAGUGGUUGCGGAAAGAGUACUACAAUCCAGCUCGUCGAACGCUUCUACGAUGCUUUGUCUGGCACUGUCUAUCUGGACGAACAACCUAUCACGAAGUACAACGUGUCCGAGUACCGCAAGCAUAUUGCGCUGGUCUCCCAGGAACCAACUUUGUACUCGGGGACUAUUCGCUUCAACAUUCUACUUGGUGCCACGAAGCCGGAUUCCGAAAUCACGCAAGAAGACAUCGAGGCAGCGUGCCGCAACGCGAACAUUCUGGACUUCAUUCAGGGUUUACCUCAGGGCUUUGACACCGAAGUCGGUGGAAAGGGCUCGCAGUUGUCAGGUGGACAGAAACAGCGUAUCGCAAUCGCACGUGCACUGCUCCGCAACCCGAAGGUUCUCCUUCUGGACGAGGCGACAUCGGCACUUGAUUCCAAUUCGGAGAAGGUCGUGCAAGAUGCCCUAGAUCGCGCAGCAAAGGGUCGUACGACGAUUGCCAUUGCGCAUCGGCUAUCGACCAUUCAGAAUGCUGAUCGCAUUUACUUCAUCAAGGAUGGUGCGGUCAGCGAAUCCGGCACUCACGAUGAACUGCUUUCGCUCAAGGGUGGCUACUACGAAUAUGUCCAAUUGCAAGCCCUCAGCAAGAAGUGAGCCACAUUGUAUUCAGCAUUUUGGACCGGCGGAUUUUUUGUUAAAUUUAUGACUACCACAUGGCGAUUCUAUCGAGCUUUAUAAUAGUGCUUUGUUGCAUGUUCGUCGCGGACAGUUGAUAUCCGCACCCCUCGUUACCCGCUGUGUACGAAUUCCCUAGAUUACGAGUCACUACAUGCAUACACCAUGAGGCAAUUGUACGCAGUUCAUUUGAUACCC